AUGUAUCAAAAUAUUUCUACUUCAUCCGAAAGCGUGAGCGAUCGCAGUGGUAGUAUUAGCUUUGGAGGACCACGUUUGAACAAUGGCCCAUUUAUUGAUGAUAUUAUUUAUGAAAUACUUGGCUUUCUUGAUUCAAAACUAAUCAUCCGAAUUUGCAUGAAAAUAUCGAGACAAUGGAGAGAAUUAUCAUUUCAAAUUCCGUUGAAGUUGUCAUUGAUUAACACAUAUAUGGGCCAACCAAAGGGUUCAAUCAUUGCCAAAAUGAUUGCAAGCAGUGAAAGUUUAAAGCAGUUAACUUCUUUAAACGUUUCGAACCAUCCAAUUGGCUUUGAAGGCGCGCAAGCUAUUGCAAAUAGUCAACACUUGAAGAAUGUAACUGAUUUGACCUUUGAAAAUUUAAAGAAAUUAACCACCCUGAAUUUAUUUGGCAAUGAUAUUGGUCCAGAGGGCGUCGAAGCUAUUGCAAACAGUGAAAUUUUGAAGAAUUUAAUAGCGUUAGAUGUGUCUUUAAAUGAAAUUGGCGUACAGGGUGUCCAAUUUAUUGUGAACAGUCCCAAAUUGAAAAGUUUAACUUUUUUGAUUUUGUGUUUUAACCAAAUUGGAACGGAAGGUGCUGAAUGUAUUGCAAAAGGCCAAAACUUGAAGAGGUUAACUGCAUUAGAUUUAUCGAACAAUGACAUUGGCUCGGAAGGCGCUCGAUUCAUUGCGAAUAGUGAAUACAUGAAGAAUUUAACUUCAUUAGAUUUGGCUUUAAAUGAAAUUGGUGCAGAAGGAGCUAAGUUCAUUGUGCAGAGUCAAUAUUUGAAGAAUUUGACUGUUUUAAACUUGUCAUACGAUCGAAGUGACUCACAAAGCACCGACUCCAUAGUGAAAAUUGUAGCUUCAGCGAAUUUUUACAUGGUAUCUAACCUUUCAUUCAAACGAGAUGCAUGA